UUAUUUGUUGUGACAUGACUAUUAAAUGUGUUGGCAGCUAUAUCGUAGCCUGUUGCGCAGAAAAUGGGGAAACGAAAGCACACAAUCAAUUAAUUAACGGCAGUAAAUAAACUGCAGCUCGGGACGAAAACAAAAGCAUCUGGAACGUAAAAUACAAACAAACUAAAUAAACAAAAGUGAAACGACAACGCAGCACCUGCAGCCGCCACAUUAACAGAAACCGAAACAGAAGCAGAAGCAGAUAGAAAGAAACCAGCAAAACAACAAGCAAGUCGCGCACUGCUCAAUAAAAAAUUUAUUUUUGUGUUUAGGCGCCUUCACUUCUCCGCCCUGCGUGUAUCCGUGUGCCAACGUGUUUGUGUGUGUGUCUGUGUGUGUGCGUUGUGUAUAAAAAUAUUUAAACAAAAUCAUCUGCGCAACAACAAGUGAACGCUACAAGGGGGGCACAGGGGUCGAAGGCAGUAGAGAGACAAUCAAAAGCUAAAGCGACAGACAGAUAAUAAACAACGACGAAUACGUUGUGCUCGGUGACGCGGCGCGAGGUGCUCGAGGUCAGUUCAGCACAUUUCAUCCGUCUGUCCUCUCUCUAUCUCCUCUCUCUCUCUCCUUCCCCCUUUUAACGGACCAACCACCCGCAACCGCACGCGCGCCGACGAUUCGAUUCUCAAACGCGCUGAGAUCUAACAAAAAAAUAAAUAUAUAUAAAAAAGUACUCGUAUACAAUAUCACCUAAUAUCAAGCAACGAAACAGAAAAAAAUUAACGACAGACUCACGCGCGUAACAGCUAUUUUAUUGUUUAACUGAUAACCCCGUGAGCGCGCUGAUAAAUAAAUAUCAAGUGAAGUUAUUGCAAUAACGCCAAGUGCGAAUGCGCCCUCAAUUUGUAUGCCAUCAACACUCGCAUUCACAUUCCCAUACCCAUACCCAUUUCCAUAAGCCAACUGACGUCAGUCGGCUGGAUCGUUAUCGUUAUCCGAAAAUGGUGAUACCACCGGGGUCUGAUCCCACUAGCGUCGUAGCUACCUCCGGCUUCAACCGGACACCGCUGACGGAGCUAAGUGCGGAAACAAAGAGCCAGCUGGCAUGUAUGCUUAACCGGAAGAAGGUUCUGCACUCCGAGCAGGGCUAUGAGCGCGACUGGCGAGGCAUUGCAGCCCUGGCGGGCUUGCGUGACUUUUUCGAUGAUGGUGUGAACAAGCCAAUGGAAUUAUUGCUCAGCAAUUGGAUUCAGCACAAACCCAAAACGGCCGAGGUGGGUUAUCUGGAGGAGUUUCUGGGCACUAUCGAUCGCUGGGAUGUGCUCGAUGACAUACAGGAGAAUCUGAUCAAGGACACCGAACGAUACAAUCUGAAGCAGCAUCAGCAGGAACAACUGGCACUGGCACUUGCCCGGAACAGUCCUCCUCCAGACAUGUCUGUGAAAUGCGUGGAGAAGAACAACAACACCAUGGGUAGACCCGUCAACAUCCUGGGCAUCGAUGACGAGAGGUGCCUGCAGAAUGGACAACCCUUGCCAAGGUACAAUGCCUGUGUGCUAUAUGCGGAGGCGGACAUCGAGCAUGCUACCGACAUCAUGAGAAAUCUAGAGUCUCCCCCCUAUAAUCUCAAGUUGUUCUUGAGGCAUCGGGAUCUGGCGCUAGGUGUGCCAUUCGAACACGUCGAACUGACAGAGUUCAUGAAAACCCGCUGUAACCACUUGAUAGUCGUCUUGACCCAAGAAUUUCUCAAUAGUCGAGAGAAUACAUUUUUGGUCAACUUUACGCAGAAGCUGCAAAUUCAGAAUAACUUGCGAAAGAUUAUACCGGUAUUGUAUUGUAAAAUGACAAUACCACAAACUUUAGCCAUCUACACGCAUCUGAACUUUUCACACCACUCCGUUCUGUUCAACUUCUGGGACAGAUUAGCUGGUUCACUGUACGAUGUGGAUGCUGCAUUCAUAUACGGUCCAACCACACAAAUGCAUGAACCCACAGCACCAGAGAUGCCGGCACUACCAUCUCCAGAAACGCCCCGUAUAACGCUCAAUGGAGAGGAGUUGACGGACCAGCCAGAUUGGAAGUUGUCGGAGCAAAAAGCGAAAUUCAGAUCAGAGUCUCCGCAAACCGAACCAAUGCCAGAGCAGAAGAUCAAAAGGAAGGGCAUAUUGAACAAUUUACGUAUUACCUCUCCACGAAAUGGCAGCACAGGGAAACCGCUAAAGCAUGCACAAUCCUUUAGUGCCAUAAAUAUGCCAGAUCACGAAAAUACGCUCAACGCAAGUAUGUCCAAUCUUUCAACGUAUUCGGAGAAAAAGAAAAGAUUCAACAAGAUUAGCUCCAAGCUGCUAAAGCCGUUCACCCGUAGCUCUACGAAACUACAGACGCUGUGCUGAAGGCUAAAAGCUGAAAGUCCAUUAAAAAGACAGGCAGCAGAAGCAGUACUUAUUGGUACAGUACAGUACAGAAGGUAGCUACUCCACUUACAGCUAUUGUAAGUGCGGAUCGCGAUCCAAAUGAAUGUGAAUUUCCUUAUCUAGCGCCCAGUGCAUCGUUGACUUCGACGUCGACGUCGUCGUAGUUGUCGUCGAUGGUGUAGUUGUUGUUGUUAUUGUUGUGUUGGUCGCUAAAGUAAUGCACCAUCACAAAUCGCUAUCGCAAUCACCUCACCUUCACCUUACCCUCCAUUUUUAGAUCUAGAUCUAGCCUAAUCCUAAUCUAGCCAACUAACUUAAUGUAUUUAGACGCACUUGUUAAACUAUGUAAGUCAACAACGAAUAAAGACAAUAUAUACACGCACACGCAUAUAUAUAAAUAUAUAUAUACUAUAUACUAUGUACACACAUCACGUAUUUAAGUGUAAAGACAAUAAUCAAUAUUAUUAAACUAAAACCAUAUGUAUACACAAAAGAGAACAGAAAACAAUAACAGCAAAGAAAACAAACAUACAAAUUGCCAAUUGUAAGGUUAAAUGUGCAAUGCUUUGCUAAUCGAAGCACACAAUUAGUUGUUAGUCACGCGUCUGAUAAGUGACUUACUUAAUUCAAUUAACUUAACAAACGCCCAACAUUCCCCAACGUCCGCUACUCCUCCCCGCACCACCCCUUACAUUUUCAUUUUACCAUAGUAAUCGCGGUCUCGGCAGUCAAUACCAGACCAGAGAUGAUGAAUAACUUGUGCGCGUUAGAUAUUGUGUGAAUUUGAUGAAUAAUAUUGUGCAUAUAUAAGUAUAUUAUGUAUACGUACUGUCCACAUCUGUGUGCGACAGUUAAAUGAUAAAGUUGGCGCUUUCGUCACUUUGUAAUUGCCAUUGAAUGUCUGAGCAACGAUUUACUUUGUCACUCUGCUUUUCAAGCUUAUAUCAUAUAUAGGUUUCGAGUUUUCUUUAAGUCACGCGCUCAUUAUAUACCAUAUAUAUAUUUUUUAAAAACUCACGUGCUCACGCAUACCUCGUACUUGUUUAAUAGACUGUAUGAAUGAGCUGUUUCCUAUGUGUGCGAUCGAUCUGGCAGUAAACCCAUUUUAAGUGCAGCUCAAUAAUUUAAUAUUUAUAUAUGGUACAUAUAUGUAAAUAGUAUUUACUAAAUACAUACACGUACGCUCUUAUGUAUGUGAAUAACAUUUCUAUUUUUGUUGAAAAUAAACAGUUGGUGCAAUAAUUAACUUAA